CUGUUGUGGUGUGUGUGUGUGUUCAGUAACAGCAGCCGUCUGUUUACAGUCAUCAUGGCGUUCGCAGCGGCAGUCAAGCGUUGUGCAUCUUCUGUACUUUUCAACAGAACAUUAUCAUUGCCAGAGCUCAGACCCGCAUGCUCUUAUCACAAAAAGGUGGUGGACCACUAUGAAAACCCUCAAAAUGUUGGUUCCCUGGACAAGAAUGCCAAGAAUGUGGGCACUGGUCUGGUUGGUGCACCUGCAUGUGGGGAUGUGAUGAAAUUACAGAUUCAGGUGGAUGAGAAUGGAAAGAUAGUUGAUGCCCGAUUCAAAACAUUUGGGUGUGGAUCAGCCAUUGCCUCCAGCUCUCUGGCCACAGAAUGGGUGAAGGGGAAAUCGAUUGAUGAAGCACUUAAAAUAAAAAACACAGAGAUUGCCAAAGAACUUUGUCUUCCACCAGUCAAACUACAUUGCUCUAUGCUUGCAGAGGAUGCAAUCAAGGCUGCGUUAGCAGACUACAGACUUAAACAGAAGGAUGAAAAGGAGAUGCUUGCAGAAGCUAGAAAUUAAUGUCCUCAUUUACAGAUGAGUCACUAACCAGGUUUACACGCAACCAAAUAAUCAGUUUAGAAUCCGACUGAUAGCUCAAUCGGACUGAAAAGCCUUCAUAUUAACACAAAAAUUAUCCGAUUGAGCUGGAUCCCCAUGAAAUUUCCAUCCGAGUGAAAGGAGUUUUGUAGACUAAAAAUAUUAGCCAUGUAAAUAUUUGAAUCCGACUGGUUUAUCAGUCAUAUUCUAAAAUACCUUGCGAUCAUGUGCAGAGAUGUGGUGUGUAUGUAUGUUUAUACAUGAUACUCUUUGCAGGAACCUAAUUUAUUCAAAGCAAUGACAAAACACAUUAUUAAGGGUAUGCAGGCUCACACUGAAUAUUCUGCAGGGGACAUAUGUUCUUUCAUUACAUCACAUAAAGCAAAAAAGAAUGUGUCAUUCCUAAUAGGUACUUGAAGCAGCAGGUGCGGUUACAGCAUUCUGUUCUCCAUGGCAUGUAUGUGACUUCACUCACAUCCUGACAUCGAAACCGUAAUUUCUAUAGCAUUUCUUCUUUGACAUAGUGAUUGUUGAUCAUACGUGACAGAUUAGGUGAGUAAAUGUUAGAUUGUUUUACAAGAGAUGAUGCAAAGUGAACACAGUAAAUAGCCUAAACAGCCUCCUCAAAAUGUGUUAAAUUACACACGGUUAUACAGUUGAAGUCAGAAGUUUACAUACACCUUUGGCAAAUGCAUUUAAAAACGUUUUGCACAAUUCCUGACAUUUAAUUGUUGAAAACAUUCCCUGUCUUAGGUCAGUUAGGAUUAUUAUUUUAAGAAUGUGAAAUGUCAGAAUAAUAGUAGAGAGUGAUUUUUAUUUUAGCUUUUAUUUCACAUUCACAUUCCCUGUAGGUCAGAAGUUUACAUAUACUUUGUUAGUAUUUGGUAGCAUUACCUUUAAAUUGUUUAAAUUGGGUCAAACGUUUUGGGUAGCCUUCCACAAGCUUCUCACAAUAAGUUGCUGGAAUUUAGGCCCAUUCCUCCAGACAGAACUGGUGUAACUGGGUCAGGUUUUUUGGCCUCCUUGCCCGCACACGCUUUUUCAAUUCUGCAAACAAAUUUCCUAUCGGAUUGAGGUCAGGCUUUGCGAUGACCACUCCAGUACCUUGACUUUGUUGUCCUUGAGCUAUUUUGCCACAACUUUGGAAGUAUUUUGUGAAGUGCACCAGUCCCUCCUGCAGCAAAGCACCCCCACAACAUGAUGCUGCCACCCCCAUGCUUCAUGGUUGGGAUGGUGUGCUUCAGCUUGCAAGCCUCUCCCUUUUUCCUCCAAACAACAAUGGUCAUUAUGGCCAAACAGUAACAUUUUAGUUUCAUCAGACCAGAGGACAUUUUUUUCAAAAAGUAAUAUAUUUUUCUCCAUGUGCACUUGCAAACUGUAGUCUGGCUUUUUUAUGGUGGUUAUGGAGCAAUGCUUCUUCCUUGCUGAGCAGCCUUUCAGGUUAUGUCGAUAUACGAGUCGUUUUUCUGUGGAUAUAGAUACUUCUGUUUCCUCCAGCAUCUUCACAAGGUCCUUUGCUGUUGUUCUUAGAUUGAUUUGCACUUUUCGCACCAAACUAUAUUAAUUUCUAGAAGACAGAAUGCAUCUCUUUCCUGAGCGGUAUGACGGCCGCAAUGUACAUUUACAGGCACACAAAUUUUUCAUUUGCUGAGUACCAUAAGAAAGCUUUCCUGGCGUAUUUUAUUUGGAUAUCUCAACAAAGCAAAAACGGCAAUUGAGGACUUUGGUGCCUUUGCUUCAGAAUGCAACAAAUGACACUCUUUGCAUGUAAACAAAUAUUUGUAGCAGAUUGCAAAGUUUAGGGGGCAUAUAAACUGUAUAUUCAGAAUCGGAUAACAUUUAUUCAGAUUGACGAAAAUUACUGCUUGUAAACAUAGCCACUGUCAUUAUGACUCAGAAACAUGGCGUACUUAAUUGACUUACUGAGGCUUUAACAUACAUAAAAACAUUUGUACAUAAAAGCCAUUAUGAAUAAAUAAUUUCUACUAAUUCAUUGCCUUAGGAUUGUCGGUUUGAAGUGUUUUGUAUUGACAGACUGAAGAUCUUUUGAAUAAAGUUCCCCCCCCCCCACACUGUAUCUCUGAAUCAUGCACAUGAAAAUAAACUAAUUCCUGAAGAUCAGGAAGGAAUGUUCUUUGUUAAAUGCAUGUUAACACAAUACUUGUAAAUUUGUUAUACUAACUGCAGUGUAUCAGGGGGCUCAUUGUGGUUUCCAUUGUAGAUUCCAUGAUACGAAUGCCUGUAUUUUGGUGCUGUAUUAUUAUAAUUUUUUUUUUUAAACAUUUUUGAACAAAACACAAAUUAACAAGACAUAGCAGCUUAUACAAGUAAGGGACCAGUGAAAUACAUAUAUGUAUACAUAAACACAAAAAACAAACAAACUUAAUUAUAGGUGUAUAGAUAUAGUUUAAGGGCUAGGUUAAUUUAAUGUCAUAUAAUAGUAAUCCAUCCAUCCAUCCAUCGUCAACCGCUUAUCCUGUGUACAGGGUCGCGGGGGGCUGGAGCCUAUCCCAGCUAACAUUGGGCGAAAGGCGGGGGACACCCUGGACAGGUCGCCAGUCCAUCGCAGAUAAUAGUAAUCAUUAUUAUUAAUUACAUUUUUUCUGGUGAUGUUGGUGAGAGAGAGAAAAAGAAAGAUAUAGAUUUUUAGAUAGAUAUAGAACAGUCAGUUAUAAUAAUAAUAUUAAUAGUUUUAGUAGUAGUAUAAUACUAGUAAUAAUAACAAUAAUAUUAGUGGUAGCAGUAAUAAUAAUAAAAACAAUAAUACCAGUAGUAGUAGUAGUGCUAGCAAUAAUAUCAUCUCAGCUUUAUGAAAUUUUAGACUAGUCAAUAAAAUGAUUGCCGAUAUACGAAACUCUCUUGGUCUGGGAGCUGCUCCAUCACCGCCGGCGGGCACAUCUAACAGACCCGCCCGACACAGACCCCAACUCUAAUCCCCCCCGCCCCCGGCAGGUUAAGCCUCUGUGCGCCGCUAUGUCUUCCUCCACAAAGGAUACUGGGCACCACAACAGGCACCUCCAAAUCAAGCUUACCUGGUCUGGUUGUGACCCUGCAGAUGACCAGAAAUCAUUGUUUGGUUGACCUUUUUUGGUUUACAAUCUUUUGCUGGAAUUGUGGUGUGCACCAGUUAUGCUGUAUUAUUUUUUGCAAGUACAUAAUAAAACCAUUAAUAUUCAUGUUGCA